AUGUUUGGGAUUGUGCCAUUGCUUUGUACACUUUUAAACGGAGCUGGGGGUACCGUGGGAGUCGAGGAUCCCAGGGUUGUGACUGCCACCGGGAAAGAGGGAGAGAGAAAAAGGGAGGCAGAUUUUGAGGUUUAUGGACCAGAAGGAUUGAGAGAAUAUAUCAGGACUUCGUUCCGAUUGACGAGAAGUCUUUUGGGUGGGAGCUAUGUUGUACACGAGUUACAUUCCCAAACAGACGGGAUUGAAGAGCGUGCGAAGGUGAAGGAUACAGCUGAAGAUAUGAUGCCAAUGGAACUACCCGGUUACAAUAUAUUCCCGGACAAAGACGGAUAUUGGAAAGAUAUCUUAUCGUCAACAGAGUCAUCGCAACCAAUGGAGUGGGAAGUAUCAGCUGGCCCGAUAUUACAUUCCGUCCCCUGUCUUGGGUAUGUUCUCACAGAACCACCGCUACCGGGGAAAAUUACACCCGAUUAUAGGGAAAGGAUUAUGGUAAAUAAGGAAGCACUUAUAAAAAGCGGGACUAAAAAUCCCAUGUCGUUAUUAUCAAAGGUUACAGCACUUGGAGAAGGGGAGUUUAUCGAUUUACCGAAUGGUGAUAGACUUAUGAGUCCACCGGUUCGUAGAGGGAGGAAGAUUACGGUCCUGGGAGAUACUUGUGAUUCCUCACCGAUUACGAACCUGGCUAGUGGGAGUGAUGUCCUUAUUCAUGAAGCUACCAAUGCCUUUUUGGGGGACAAGCUUGGGAAAGAAAGUAAGGAGUAUAAGGAAGGCGAAACAUAUGAAGAUGUUAAGAGGAAGACAAUCGAACAUGGGCAUUCUACGCCUGAAAUGGCAGCAGAGUUUGCAGUUACGAUUGGGUUGGGAGUUACCGGUGGGGUAUUAGGAAGGGUUAUGGCCGAAGAAAGCGGAAAGAAGGGGAAGUCGAAGGGGGUUGAAAAGCCAAAGGGCGUUCUAUUGCUGAAUCACUUCAGUUCGAGAUAUGCGGAUCCAAGAAGUAGUGAUGCUGCAGCUGCCAUAAUGGAAGCUAUUCGAGAAUCUGCUGCUGGAAUAUUCCAAACUGCAAAAGAUACCAAGCCGGAGAGUACCAUAGAUGUUGUAUCAACGUCCUCCUCUCCGUUCAUCCUCACAACCAACCAAACUCCUCAGCGACACGACGAUUCCAUCGCCAUCUCCAUCGUCAUCACGACUUCAUCAUCGUCAUCAUCGCGACCAAACGCUCUAAAAGCAGUCACAGAAUCAAACAAACGUCCCACAAUGGAUCCAAGGCACCGAAUCAACUUGCCUCCUCGACUGCAGCUUUCUCCAGCAGAUUUCACACCCGACACCCUUCUACCUGCUGGUGUUACCCCCCUCUGGCAGCAACGACUUUACUCACCUUCAUCUACUCCUCCACCUCCCCAUUGUCCUUCUUCACCAGAGAUCGCGUAUUACAAUAACAAGUUAACCUAUCCUACUGGUAAUCCUGAACCUCACUUUGACCCUGUCGUCUCUACCUGCACGAUUGUUUGCAAACACCUUAACAAAGCCUACCUCGGCCUUGAAGAUCCUUCCAUCGUCUUCAAGGGCUUCUUCGAAAACUUAGCUUCAAAAACAGCGCGUCAGAACGAUAACGUAAGUAAAAAUCAAAACGACGGAGAUAUGGAUGCUCUUCGUCGCAGUAUGCAAAGGGUCGGGCUAGGUGAGGCCAAAGACCAAGAUGAAUCCGAAAUCGAAAUUGACGAAGAUGAAUACACCAUCCCACUUGAGGGAGAUUAUCGAGAGCAUGCUCGUACCUUGAUGCUCAAGAUGUUGAGCAAAGGUAUUGGUGCUAUGCAUAAAGACAAAAUCCAACGCGUCAACGAAAUGAUCAACGACUGUAUGUUGAGUCCCUGGGAUGAAGUCGUCGGUAUCACCCUUUGGAACCUCUCUCGCACCAAUCCAUUUGUUCAUCAAAACCCAACUACUAGAUACCUUGAUGGUCUCUUUGAGGGUUUUCGCGAGAUGUGGAUCAGAAUUUGUGUCUCCAACCAAGGUAAAAUCGAUUUUGCAGAGGCUGUCUGUCGUUACCUCCACAAGAGUCAGGCAACAGUUACCAAGAUGGACUUUGAAAUCCUCCACCUCCAUGCCAAAACUUUCUUCCUUUGCAGCCAUGGAUUUUGGCUCUACGGAUACCGCUUGUACCGCGAAAGCGUUGGCUAUCCACUCGGCGUUCACUGCGAACAUACCUUGAUGGACCGCGAAAAGACUCCAAAAAUGUUGGUUGAUUACGCCCUUACCCUUCUCAACAACCAUCUUUUUGAUACUACCGACGAAACGAUCGAACUUCCAAUGGAAAUCAUUGAUUCCGUUGGAUCCUGCAUCAAAACCCUUACUCAAAUCUACGAGAGCCAAGAAAGUAAUGACCACAACAAGACUCUCAUUGACCAUUUCGCCCGCAACUUCUUCUCUGCUGGCCGUCAAAGACUCAUUAACUAUUGCCGAGUUGCCACUCAGUGUCUUGCCUUUGACGAUGUUGUUUAG